AUGAAGAAGAAAGUACUCCUGAUGGGUGCGUCGGGAAGUGGGAAGACGUCGAUGCGGUCCGUGAUAUUUUCUAAUAACCCCGCAUCGUUGACUUCACGCUUGGGUGCAACCAUCGACGUCGAACAGAAUCAUGUGCGUUUCCUCGGCGACCUCAUCCUCAACCUAUGGGACUGUGGUGGCCAGGACGCGUUCAUGGACUCCUACCUUGCGCUCCAGCAGUCCACUAUUUUUCAACAUGUCGGUGUAUUAAUCUACGUGUUCGAAGUUGAGUUGCGAAAUAUGGCGAAAGAUCUCGAGUACUACCGCAAUUGCUUGGCUGCGCUACAAAGAUACAGCCCUGAUGCAGCUGUGUUUUUGUUGGUACACAAGAUGGAUCUUGCUCGUGACAAGGUAGCGGUGUUGGAACGCAAGACUCAUGAACUCAAGCAGGCAAGCGAUGGGGUAGAGAUCACCGUCUUCGGUACUAGCAUUUAUGACGAGAGCCUGUAUAAGGCAUGGUCCCGGAUAGUGCAUACGCUGAUACCAAAUGCCGUCGUGCUCUCGAAGCAUCUCACAACCCUUGCUCGCGCAUGUAGUGCCACCGAAGUGAUCCUCUUCGAGCGUACCACCUUCCUUGUCAUCGCCACUUCCUCCCUGCCUCCCACGUCCACCUUACCCCUCGCGUCACCGCCAACAAUGUCCCCAGCCUACUCCACACCAUCGUCUUCACAUACCAACGGGUUGACGCCCACCACUUUUUCUCAUGGUUCCGCUGCUCUCGAGCCCACAGACAUCGAUCCGCACAAGCUGCCGGUAACGCGAUACGAGCGGACGUCGGAGCUGAUUAAGGCAUUCAAACAUGCGUGCUCGCGCGUGCGUGAAGAGUUCCACGCGCUCGAAAUGGAGCUCGCGGACUUCACUGCCGUGCUCGACGAGCUGACAAAGAACACCUAUGUCCUGAUUGUCGUGCACGAUCCUACAAUAGAGACAGCGGCAUUGCGAAUGAACAUUCGCCUUGCGAGGAAGAAGUUCGAGGAGCUCCAAGGAGACAGUCUCGUAUCAUAA